AUGUAUAAUGUGUGCACAAGGGAGUUCGGUACUUUCGUGUUUUGUGACAAAGAAACUAUCCAUGGUCAUGAUCCAAGCAAUCUAUUAGCUAAAUGCACAAAUAUUUCAGACGGAAGAGCCAUGCUCUGCAGUUCAAUCACUCGGCCACCCGUCUGUGUGCUAUUCUCGUUUCCACAUGCAGUCAUUUUGGAUUUUAUUGCCUCUAUCUUGAUAGAUAUGACUGGGAGAAAUGAAGAGGAAGUUGUUGCUGUCCAACUUAAAGAUGGAAAUUGUGAUGCGAUUCCGUUGGCAUCCUGUUUUCAUCGCUCCCGUGAACAGCGAAAAAUUCAACUUCUAUCGAGUAGUGGCUCCAAACCGCAAAGGCCACCCUCAAUUUUAGAAGAAAACCAUCCAGUACCCAAUAGAGAGUCCGACCCAAUUGAUUUUGACGUUCUUGGUGAGAAAGAAUUUGUUCCGGUUCCUGAAUUCUUAAUAGACCAACUUACA